AUGGAAGAACACAUGAAUUAUAAUAGUUCUGAUUCAUUAGGGUUUUGCCUCCUCCCAUCUGAGCUCAUACAGAGCAUCCUCCUGAACUUGGCUUUGCCAGAGAUCGUCGGCCUGAAGCUGGUGAACAAGACGCUCGCCACCGUAAUCUCCGACCGGAGCUUCGUGCGCGAAUGUAACAUGAGAUCGAGCUCGGCUUCGUGGCUCUUCGUCUUCAAGAAGAGGUGGUCCAAGGACGCGACGCUCAUGGGCUUCACAGACCAGUCGAUGUCGAACCGCUGGUUUGAGAUUUCAAUCGCCAAGAUCUUGGAGCCCGUGGUUUCACCGGGUGAGGUCCUUUAUUUCUUGACGGCUUCCGGGAACACUUUCUUGUUUGCUUGCAAUAAAAAUAAGGAAGUGAUUGUGGUCGAUUUGAUGGCCAAAAGGGUCAAGAAAGUCCCGCCAAGCCCGUUGGGUCCACGGGGCACCUCUUCCUGGAGGAGGUCCGGGAUGAAGCUGGUUCCGGGCAGGCCUCCCGGAUCGGGUCGCUUCCGCUUCUUGUUCGCGGAGCUGGUGGAGGAACGGCCUACUCUGUUUGAGUACGACUCAGAGACCGACGAUUGGAAGACGGCCGAAGUGGAAGAGAUCGAAGGCCACUCACAAAGUCGCGGCGAAGGACUCAAGGGAUGCGUCUUCCUUCAUUUGGUCGACGGAUCCCAAUCAAACACGAUCAUUUCGUGUGGAUCCGAAAGCCUGAACCCAUCAGUCCUGCGGCUCGGAUUCAACAGAGGAGACAAUCGAGGGAGGGAACCGAAUGCUCGACUUGGUUGGGAUCGCUCGGUUGAUCUCAUACGCGUGUACGGCGACGGCCACCUGAUGAUAAUAAAAUCGAAAGACGGCGAUGCCGCGCGUAAGAGGACGAGAUUCUUGGAGAGGAUAGAGCUAUGGGGCUUGAGCGAAGACGGUAGAAACUGGGAAUUUGUAUCGGAAAUCCCAAGAAAUUUGAUAGGACAAAUUGGGAAGCCCUAUGGUGUUUUGAUGGGUUGCUUGCAAGAAAGAGGAGGGAUCAUUAGGGCGUGCUUGGUGUGUAAUUGGGAAGGUGCGUGGGACAUGAUAUGGCUAUCUUAUGACAAAGCAAGGGGUCAAUGGGCUUGUGUCCCAAUGCCUGAUUCCAAAAUGAAGGGCUCAAACUUAGCUGGGAUUUCCUUUUCAAUGGGCCUAAAUCUAUAA